AUGCCAUACCUGGUUCACACCGCCCAUGCCCAGUUUGUGGGGUUCUGGGUGGGUGCGAUUGGCUGGACCCUCACCAUGGUAGCCAUCGGCUUGGUGGAGUGGAGGGUGUGGGUGGUAUCCAACCUGUCUGUCAUCACCUCUGGUCUGGCCUGGGUGGGCAUUUGGAGGGUGUGCUUUUUCACCAAUGUGCUUGUCACGUCUGAAUACCAGGUCAUGUACUGCCAGCAGAUGCGACUGACGGAUGCUUACACGCCUAAUGAGAUUGCUGUUGCCCAGGUGCUCAUGCUGCUCGCAUUCAUCUUUGGAUUUCUUGGUAAUUCCAGUGUCAUUUAUGGACUCAGGAACAUCUACUUUGGACUCGAUGAGACCAGAUCUAUCACAAUGGCUUUUUCCUUCGGUGGGGGACUUUUGCUGCUUGCUGGAGUGACCUCAUUUAUUCCUCUUUUCUGGAAUUUAAAUGCUGUGGUGACUAACCAUACCAUCAACUUUCCACCUAACUUCAGCAUGCCCCCAGCUCCUGAUUAUCAGUACGUUGGUUCAGGUAUCGCUGUUGGAAUUUUUGCAUCCAUCUUGGUGGUGUUAAGUGGAACAAUAUUCCUGUCCUAUAAGCUGCCAGAAGGACUGCGCUCCAAAAUCAGACCUUCAAGGACAAAGGAGAACCACUGUGAACUGAGUGAAACUGGGAUGGCCGGACAAAUGGCCGAGCAAGGGAGAAAUAACUGCCUUGGUAUUGACAACCUGGCCUUCCAUUCCUAG